AUGUCGGCUGCCCGCAAGUGUCGGUUGCCCGCAAGUGUCCCAGGCUGCCCGCAAGUGUCUCAGCUGCCCGCAAAUGUUUCAGCUGCCCGCAAAUGUGACCCCCCAAAUUUUGCCCGCAAAGUGGCUGCCCGCAAAAAAUUUGCCCGCAAACUGGUUGCCCGCAAGUGUGCGCCCGCCGCCGAAACUGGGUUCGACACCCUUCGAAUGGGAGGGCAUUAUCGUCGCUGA